AUGACUAGUUCAAUUAGCAUCUCCUCUAACGCUAACAAUUCUCGCCCAUUAAUCUUUAUUAAUACGAGUGAUCCAGUCAACCCUAAUCAAGUCAGCACAAACACCGAUUCACCAAUGUUCAAACCCCCAUUUCCCCCUCAUAUCGAGCCCGAGGAUUUUAUUAGUAAGAAACAAAAAAAUGGCAAUAGACCAACUAAACCUCCGAAUGCAUUCAUUCUUUAUCGUAAGGCGUUUGUUAGAGCAGCCUUGAGUGAAGGUUAUCAGCUCCCGAUGACUGUUGUUUCUUCGAUGGCCUCUCAAGCGUGGGAACAAGAAUUACCUUUUGUUAAGGAAGAAUAUAAGAGAAUUGCAAAGGAGGCUAAAGAAUAUCAUGAUCUAAUGUAUCCGAAAGCUUCGAAUCGUAAACAAUCCAAAAGAUGGCUAGAAUUGAUAUCGAAUCUAAUUUCCGAUGACAACAGCAAUAUUACAACUCUUGAGAACUAUGAGCAAAUGGUUGAGUCUAUUACAUUCGAGAACUCGAAUAUUGACGAAAAUAUGCGAUUUCCUGGGGAUUUAAAUGUGACAGCGGAUUGGACGAAUUUUAAUGACGAAUUUUUGACAACACCACCAGUGCAGCAACUGGAAAAUCCAUUUGAAUUGUUUAGUUUCCAGGAUUCUCUGGAUUUUCAAGAUAUUUCGAAAUUACUCGUUACAACAGAUCAAAUUUCAAAUGAAGAGGAUUUAACAUUGAUGCCCAAUUACAACAUUAUUUCGUCGAAUUCCGAGCAUCAAUUCGAUAGUUCUUCGUUGCUAAUAGGAAAUUUGACGGGUUUCCUUGCACCCCAAGAAUCCAUAUCAUCCAAGCAAAAAAGUACUAUCAUAAAACAAAAUCCUUUAAAUUUAGAUUUAAGCAAUGCCACAUCUUCUAGUUCUCUGAUUAACUGA